AGUAUGAGAUGAAUUGCGUUGACGUAAAGUACCACAGAGAUGAAACUUGAAGCAGGAAGCAACAUACCAUCAGCGUACUGAAUGGAGCACAUUUGUGUCAUGUGAGUAGACAUGACAAAAACAGUCCUCCUUAAAUUAUUUGUUGCGAUAGUGAUCACAUGCAUUUUAAUCUUGCCAGAAUAUUUCAAGACAUCAAAAGGAAGACUUCUGGAGCUAUCCUGUCUGGAUGGGUGUUUGGAACCUAAUAUUACCUAUUCACUCUCAUCCUUAAAUUAUUCUUUUGUGACUUUUCUGCAACCAGUGAGGGACACUCAGCCUGUUAAGGGACUCUUUCUAUAUCAUUCCAGUUUCCAAAACUUCACCAGGAUUUGCCCAAAGCUCAUGAGUGAAUUUAAAAUGUGCUCCUUGUGUUUGGUUUGUGAGUCCAAAGGAAAUGUGGAUUUCAAUUAUCAAGAACAAACAUCAAAAGUUCUUAUCAUGAGAAGAUCAAUGGACAUGAAAGCAAAAGAUUUUUUUUCACCUUGUCAACAUUUUAAUUUCUCUGUAACUCCUGGAGUUGACCAGUUGGAGGGAUCCAACACUACCUGCAGCCUCAGGGGGCACCCUAGAAAAUCAGCCAUUGUGGAGGAAGAGCCACCGAAGGAAAAUUUUCUAAAUGAUACUUGUAGAAUCACAGAGUACCCAAAUAAUUGCACUCGUAUUUCCUUGCACCUAGAAAUGGAUAUAAAAAAUAUCACUUGUUCCAUGAAGAUCACUUGGUACAUUUUAGUUUUAUUAGUCUUUAUUUUUUUGAUCAUUCUCAUUAUCCACAAAAUACUUGAAGGCCACAGGAGAGUGCAAAAAUGGCAGAGUCAUAAAUACACAACUACAUCUGUUCACUUAAGAGGAAGCGAUUCUGAGAAGCUGAGAGCAUUGAAUGUGCGGGUUAUUCCAGAGCCCACUCGGGUUAAGGAAGUGCUUCCCCCAAUACCAGAACUCGAAGUUCCUUCCUCACUGCCUCAGUGAGAUCGAUACACAAGGCUGCUUAACCUCACAGAUGAAGAGUCAUUCACCAAAUGCCUCUUGAGUGCCUACUGUGUGCCAGUAAUUCUUCUGCUCAUUGGCAAAAAUAACGAAGCAGUCAGUGGUGGAACCAGAAUAGGGAGCCUCUAAUUCCAGUAAAGAGUGUCAAGUAACAUAACAGAGGUAUUUGAAGGGACUAGGGGAGCACAAGAGAGACCCCACCCUCAGAGGACACAAUGCCUAGCAUUUACUAUAUGGGUUACACAGAGAUCUGCUGAGUGAAACGUUAAACCCCAACUUCUGUGCAUCUCUCCUAGAGUCAUGAAAUGUGGUAUCUGACAGAAACUUUCAUGAACACUUAGGCUUUCAUUUAACAGACUUAGAAGGUAAGCCCAACAUACUACAGUAGUGGAGGCUAGGGAAGACCUAGAUUUCCUGGUCUUAGGCUGAGAAGUUUAUUAUCACUACCCACAUUGUCCUCUUAGGAGUAUGGUGGGGGUCUCCACUGUGUAACAGGGGAGUGGAAAGGGCCCUUUAUCAGCGACCUGAGGAAGAUUUUUGGUGCUCUUAUGAGAUGGUUUUAAUAAACGAUUAAAAUUUUUUUUUUUACCAA